AUUAAAGGGGACUUCUCUCUAGGGCUUGCGCCGCUAGAGCUGCGUUUUUUUCGUUUUCGAUUUUCCGAUCAAAGAACGCCUGCUUCUCGGCUUGUGAAUAGUAAACGAUAUCGCAAGGUUGGUUUUGGGGAUUUGGGGAAGGGUUUGAGCUUCGUUUGGGCUCUGUGCACUGGGUGCGACUUGUUUAGCUUUCGGUCAAGAAGGAAUGAAGGGGAGGGCUCGGAAUUUGCCGAUGGAUGAAAUUGGAAACAAGAAGAUGGAGGAUGCCGACGAGCAGGUCGUGAUCCCGGUGGUCGGCGCCGUUAUUACGGACCGGAAGAUCAAUCUUCCGGUGUUCCAAGUUCUGAUGUCAUCCGUUUGGCGCUCGGGGAAACCGCUUUGGUGCAACAACAAUGAUGAAGAAGAUGCGGUCAAGUCGAAGGAAAACCGCUUUGGUGCAACAACAACCGCUGCAAGGGCCCGGCCUCCCCCAGAACCACCGCCAAGGGUUGAUCGAUGCAUUUUGGAGUUUGCUUACUUAUCUUUUCUGCAUUUUAAUUUCCAAGUUAAGACGUUUGUGUUUUGUUGUUAUUUUAAUUUAUGCUGUAAGACUCUUGAACUUAGGACAGGUGAUGGAGAAUUUAGUUUACUAGUCAUUGGCUCAAGUAAACCCAAUUCAGGAUCAACGAAUCUGGUUGCUUUAUUCGAGGUGGCAGAUUCUAAAUCUGGUUCAAGGGCAGACGGUAGACUAUGGGUUCUUUGUCUGAUUGUAUCCUGCUUAAGCUCUUUCUUAUUAAUAUAAGCCACCUGCUUACAAAAA